AUGUCAACCAGACCCCUCACCAUAUUCAUCAUUGCUCAUGUGUGGCUCUUUAUGAUCACAACAUCAGUAGCACAAAUUGUCAUAGACACAAGUGGCGAACCCGUUGAGGACGAUGAGGAAUACUUCAUCAGGCCCGCUAUCACAGGUAAUGGAGGAGGUUCCAUUUUGGUCACCAGAAAUGCGCCAUGCCCUUUGCACGUUGGUCUUGGCAACAGUGAAGGGACUCUUGGACUUGCUGUGAAAUUCACUCCUUUCGCUCCUCGUCAUGAUGAUGAUGAUGAUGAUGUGAGGCUUAACAGAGACUUGAGAGUAACAUUCCAAGGUUUCACAGGUUGUGGGCAGUCGACAGAUUGGAGGUUGGGGGAGAAGGACGCAACGAGUGGACGGAGGCUGAUUGUUACCGGAAGAGAUAAUGGUGCAGGAUCACAUGGUAACUUUUUUAGGAUUGUGCAGACCCAAACUGGUGGUAUCUAUAACAUUCAAUGGUGCCCUACAGAGGCGUGCCCUAGUUGUAAGGUUCAAUGUGGGACUGUUGGUGUUAUUCGUGAGAAUGGCAAGAUUCUGUUGGCCCUUGAUGGUGGUGCCCUUCCAGUUGUGUUCCAGAAAGAAUGAUUAUUAAUACAAUGGUGAAGUUUGUUUAUGUGGUGUCUUUAUGUAACUUUCCUUGUUGCUCUAAAUGUAAGGUUAAUAAACAUAUAUAUGUGAAGCUAUCGUUACAAUCAAUUGAACUAGAGAAAGGAUUCUGGUUGAUUGAUUCAAA